AUGCAUAAAGGUGUUAGACUUCCAAUUACAUGUCCAGUGUGUAAUGCGGAUAAAGAACACCUUCUUCACUUAUUUUUCGACUGUAGAUUUGCGGAAAACUGUUGGCAAUCUGUUGAUCUCAAGUAUGACAUGAGGGAGGCGUAUUCAGUUUCAGAUUGCUUACUUCAUGAAUCGGCCAUUGCUAAAUAUGAAGAUAUUGUCUCUAUCUGCCUGGUGUUAUGGGGUAUUUGGUUCUGGAGGAAUAAAAAGGUCUGGCAAAACCAAUGGAUGAACCAUGCCAUUCCAAUGGAGAUUACGUUCAAAGUGUAUAAGGAAUGGAAGACUGCUCGUAAAUCAAGUGUUGACACGAGAGCUAUGAGUGUUAACGGAGCCAGCAACUUGAAGAGAUGGCAACCUCUAGUAUCAGGGGAGCUGAAACUCAAUGUUGACGCUUCAUUUUUCCCGGGGCAUGAAUCAUUCUCUGUAGGUAUGGUACUUCGUGAUCAGGAGGGAGCAUUUGUAGGCGGAAAUGUAUUACGUUAUUCCGGCCAGCAAUUGUGA